UCUACCUACUUCAGUCAUCACCUCAACAAAAUUGGUUCUCCUCUUUCAUUUCUUUCUAGAAAUUGCUCAAAUUCUCUAGAAAGUUCCAUAUAAUUCAUCAUGCUUCUAAAAGUAUCACCUUCCUUUGCGUUAUUGAACACCCAUGGAGAAAAUUCGAGUUCCAUGUUAUCCUCAACUUCUUUAAAUGGAUCUGUUCUGAAGAAGAGCAGAAUUGGAUUGGUGGUAUGUGCUUCAAAGGGUUCGAACAAACCUUCAACGGGUGUUGUUUUUGAGCCAUUUGAAGAAGUGAAGAAAGAACUUAUGCUUGUCCCUGAUGCUCCUCAAGCUUCACUUGCUAGACAGAAAUACACUGAUCAAUCUGAAGCUGCUAUUAAUGAACAGAUCAAUGUGGAAUACAAUGUUUCAUAUGUUUAUCAUGCGAUGUACGCCUACUUCGACCGAGACAAUGUUGCUCUCAAGGGACUUGCCAAGUUUUUCAAGGAAUCCAGUGAAGAGGAAAGGGAGCAUGCUGAGAAAUUUAUGGAGUAUCAGAACAAGCGUGGUGGGAAAGUGAAGUUGCAUUCUAUUUUGAUGCCACUAUCUGAGUUUGAUCAUGCUGACAAGGGUGAUGCGUUGUAUGCAAUGGAGCUUGCACUCUCUUUGGAGAAGUUGACAAAUGAGAAGCUUUUAAACUUGCACGCUGUAGCGACACGAAACAACGAUGUGCAGUUGGCUGAUUUUGUUGCGAGUGAGUACUUGCAUGAACAGGUGGAAUCAAUCAAGAGGAUCUCGGAAUAUGUGGCUCAGCUGAGAAGAGUGGGCAAAGGACAUGGUAUCUGGCACUUUGAUCAAAUGCUCCUGCACAAGGAUGAAGUUCUUGCCUGAUGGAGAAGAUAGACUUUCAACUUCCCAUGAGUACUCUGCCCUUUUGGGGAUGUUGUCUGGGUAUUAGUUGGUAUUAGCGUUGCCUAUGAGAUAUAGGGUGUCGUGGUAGUAGAAAGUACCGGAGUUGUACAUAUAGACCGAAUAGAUGUAGUUAUCCGUGCUACUAUUACUCUUUUAGUAAAUCUUGGUGUUCGAACAGUUUAAUUUCCAUCAGUGAUUGCUAGUUGUGCAUGAAAUUAAGAUGUAUGCCUACAGACGUCAAUGUAAAGCGAAAUUGUCAGUUUUGUUUUUUCGGAGGAUGUUGGCUCAGUUGGAGAAAUAAAUGAUUAGAAGUGAGAUGGA